GAGAGAGAGUUCUAGGUCUAAGAGGCACGGGGACUCUUGUGUCACAGGGACUCUGCGUGGCGGAAUGCCCAUGACCCUCCCAUUCUCCCAAGGGUAUAAGGAUUAGAGGGAGUGGCAGCUGAAUCAGGUGGUCUGAGCAUAGUAUGGACUCUACGGAGUAACUGAAAUCUGUGACGCUGAGUCUGCACCGUAGAGUCCCUGCACCAUUCAGUCCGCACACGGGUGCUGUCUUACCUUCCUGACUUUGUGGCCAAGACACAGACUCCAUCUAAUCCACUUCCCCAGGAGUUCGUCCUGACAAGUCUUUCGAAGGCUGUCUGCUCCAAUGACGACGAACAGUUCCUCUGUCCUGUUUGUGCUCUGUGGUAGUACCUUCACAGGACACAGUCCCGUUCUAGGCCUAGGCACCUUUUCCUCUCGGUCUGGGACCCCACUCGCCCUCUCUCUCUCCAAGACGGCCAUCUCUUACUUCUCCAGCAGUUGAUACAGGCUGCUCAUGGGGAUUUCCCUGAUCAUGUGGGACCUACACUCCGGGUAAGAGCACAUGACGUAUGGAGUGUGGCAGUGUCGCUACUGUGGUCCACUAACAAAGCAGUGGCUGAUGUAAUGGCAGUGGCCUGCUGGCGAACGCAGUCCGUUUUCGCCACUCACUACCUUAAGGCAGUCCUCAGGGUCUAGGACGGGAUCUUCUCCCUAGGACCCGUCAUGGCGGCUGGCAGCGUCGUACCUUAAUGUCUGCUGCUUCGUGCCACACCCUCCUACACUCCAAACCAGUUUGCUGAUUGUGGCAUGGAUCUAUUGGGAGACGCUACGACAGCACUACCCAGCAUUCUUCCCAGCGUGACUUCCAUACAUGACUGAUCGAGUGUUUGUGAAGGCAUCCAACAAGACAAUUUACUCUGUGGCGGUGAGGGCUGCUGUCAAACACUUCUGCAGUACUCAAAACAGUGUGGCCAUCAUCCUCUAUGGUCCUUCACACACUGGCAAGAGCAGGUACCUGAUGGGGCCAGCGCAGCAUCCGAGGGGCAUCCUACAGAGAUCCUUUGCUGACAUCCUCUCCUAUGCCAAGACUGUUAGGUCUUACUUUUGUCUCUUUAGAGUGUCAUUUAUUGAGAUCUACAAUGAAAAGGUAGAAGAUUUACUCAUCACCACCACCACCACCACCACAACACCACCCCUAAGGCUAGAGACAGACUGUGGUGGGCGUGUGGUGUGGUGUGGUGCCCGAGAGGUUGUCAUCACCAAGCUACAGGAGCUGGAGGAGGUGUACAUGCAGGGUCACAGUGAGCACGUGAGGAGGGCGCGGAGAACUAAGGGAAGGCGGGAGGCGUCACACACUGUCUUCCGGAUUGCAAUGGAGGGGAUGCCACGCUACAGGGAUUACAAGAGGUGGGAGGAGGUGUCUGUGUCCGUGUCCUUCCUUGACUUUGUGACAGUGGGUGGGGUGGAGCUCCUGCCGGCCCUGGGAAGCGUCACAGAGGUGCUAAGGGGAGGGCCAGCUGUCACACGAUCUCUCUUUACUCUCCAUCAGUUUGUUGUUGAAGGGCAGGAGAAGAGUGUGCUGUAUGGCGCACGGCAGGCAGUGCUGACUCGAGUGCUGAGGGACGCAUUGGUGGGGUGCAGCAACUCUCUCUUCCUGUGCACCUGUAGCCUUGCCAACACCACACACACCACCCACACUCUCAGGUUUGGUGAUGCUGCGGCCUGGUUAGUGCAGCACCCCACACGGCAGCUGUACCCGGCCAGUCUACUGCACACCACCACCGCUGCCGUCCUGCACAGUCACCAGGCCGCUCGACUCUUCCUCUCCUACCCAAGGACACAAGGUACAUCUAGAAGUGGUCUGAGGAAGGAGCAGCAACAGGAGGAGGAGCAGGAGAAGGAGGAAGAGGAGGAGGAGGAGGAGGAGGACCAGCAGGAGGAGGACCAGCAGGAGGAGGGAGAGCAGGACAGCAGAGUGAAGCAGGAAGUAAAGAAAAUGUUGAGUUUGGCACGUACCAUCUUUCCUAUAAACACCACCAUCAACACCAAGAAAAAUGAGCUGGAGUCUGAGGAGGAGCCGGUGGUGGUGAGGAAGAGAGGCAGGCCGAGGAAAUACCCCAUCAGAGCCAAGCCUUUCGGGAAGGAACACCCCACUAAGAUAGACUACCUAGCACUGUGGAAAUCUCGCUAUCUGAACACAGAAGACCCAAGGCAAGGGAUGAGAAAGAGGCGAGAUAGAGAGGAGAAAUUCUACAUGGCUGGUCCUUUCACUCUCACCACUACAUCAAAGCGCCAUGGCCUUGACACCUUUACAGUACGGGGAGUUAAAACAGGAAAAGAAAGUGAUGAUGACGUGGAAAAGAUGGAAAAGAGAAGCAAAAAUAAAGAAGAAAAGAAAGAACAAGAGCAGAAGAAAAAGAAAGAUAGGAAAGGAGAAAUAGUGAAUAAACAAAGCCAGGAUGAAACAGAUGAGAUAGAAAACAACCCAAACAACAAAAACAGCACCAAACAACACAACAACAACAACAACAACAACACACACAAACAAAAUAACAAAACACAAGAAAACGACGCAAACAACAACAAGAGCAAAAAACGAAAGAACAAUGAAAAAGAAGACAAAAGGAAGAAAAUAAAGGACAGAAAGAGAAUAAGAAGGAGAGAAUUAAAGAAAGAGAAGAAGAAGAAGAAGAAACUUGAUGAACUAAAAGAAGACCUUGACAAAAUACCACUGCGAGAACGUAAAAAGGAGAAAGAGAAGAAGGAGGAGGAGGAGGAAGAGGAAGAGGAGGAUAAGAGGAGAAGACAAGGGAUGGUGAACACUGUCAAGGGCACCAUCACCAUCACAAGAGCCUGGGACGUGUGUGUGGAUGGUGAGGCAACACAGCGCUUAGCCUCACAGUUUGAAUUGGACUCCUACGAACCCAAGAAAGUGAGGUUGAGUCUGAGCAACAUGGAGUACCGAGGGCUGAAGUGGAAACUGGAUGACGGCUAUGUACACUUCCUGCGGCUUGGCUUGUGGAUACAGUACUUCAGGGAGGAGCUGGCUGUGAAGGACAAUGCUGGGAGACUUGUGUACUCCCUGCCAGACUUCAUAUCACUGAAGGAAGUGUUUGUUGACUUGUACCUGACUCCGUAUCGCAGAAGUUCACAUCUCUGGAGGGUGAAGGCUGUGUCGUUUGAGGACGGGCGUGUGUACCUUCAGAGCAGCAGAACCAUCGCACGCAGGCCAGAGAAGCUGAAUCCCAAGGCAGCCUUCACCACACACCUCAUGGGACUCCACACGCCAGCCCAGGACACCAGUGUAAGGAAGACAGUGGUUCCCUUCCCUGGACAACAUUGGCAGGUGUACUGGGCGGAGGUGGAUGGCCUGGGGCUGCUGUACUCCUCCCCAGUGGACCUCAUAGACCGCAGUGCCAGGGUGACACGGGAGGCCAUGACGCGGCACCCCCAGCUGGCUGGUGUGCUGCAGGAGGUGGUGUCCGAGAGGCACUUCAUGUAUAGGACACAUCUCUACCAGGCCCCACAGGACACACUGGCUUGGAAGGAUGCUAUGUGGUUGACGUUACUGGAGUGGUGGGCGGACUAUCAAUUUGGAAAGCUGCCCACCAUCAUAGGGGGGGAGGUGGUGGGCCAGGAGGUGACGGCCAUCAGACUCUUCUGUGCCCACACUCUGCCACAGCUGGCCCAGGCAUGGUGUGAUAAGCCACCAUGGGAAACCAGCCUGGGGGAGCGGUACCUGUCCUCCCUGCUGCGUUUCAUCAAGUACUGGUGCAACAAGAGGCCCCGGGAGACACUGUCCUUUGAGCUGCAGGAGAACGGUGAUGUGCUGUGCUGCAAGAGGAGGUUCAAGAUAGCCAGCCAGCACUUCCUAGUCAACAGCAUUCUCCCUGAUGAGUUUGUGCGUGAUCUCUACCCAGCGCCGCCACCUCAGCCCAAACCAAGCUGGCCGGGAAAGCGAGGGAGGAAAUGUAAGCCACGUGUCGCCCCGCAGCUCACUCGCCCCAGACGCGUCACAUGCCACUGGAAGCUGCCAAGAUACUGUGAUGUGGAGACCGAGCCACCAACAUCACCACCGAGGUACGUUUUCCGGCCUGAGAUGAGAGACGCAGGGAAUAAGGAGUCGGACAUGCAUGGUUUGUUUGACACUGGCUGGGGUGAUAACCGAGGGAAGACACAGAGGGCUGGAAGGCACACACGAUUCAAGGACAAGGAGAACAUGAAGCCAAACACCUGCGGACUCUUUGGAUGGAGGGAGGUGACAGGGCAGCCAAGAACAAGGUGUCACGUGGAGCAAGGCAGUGUUCUCAGACCAGGCAGCGUUCCCAGGCCAAACACACCCUUGAGAACUGUGACCCUAGAAGAUUGACUGAAGGGUUAACAAGGGCACAGGUCAGCAGGGAGGUGGACAAGCGUGCACGUGAGUGGUACAAGUCAGCGGUGCCCUGCCUGUCCCUCCCGAAGUCCUUCAUCGCGGAGAACAGAGCAGAGGGAAGGCGACAUCUCUCGGACAGUGACAGUGAGGACAGCAUAACCAGCAGGAGGAAUGAAAUGCUGUUUGCUCCUCUCCCACAGCAGGAACUGGACACUGCAGGUACACGGAGGCAGAGACACAGCAAAUACAGCAGACACAGAGAAGCAGGCACUGAUGAGGUUGUGUAGAGCUGCCACUUAAUGAUAACUAAAGAAAAUGGGACUGAGAGGAAGAGAGAAAAAAUUGGUGAGGAUGAUGACGUGUAGGAGAAAGUAUGGAGGGAUAGAGAGAGAGAGAGAGAGAGAGAGAGAGAGAGAGAGAGAGAGAGAGAGAGAGAGGAUUAACCAGUGUAGAAUUUAAAAUAGAUGAAAAGUAAGAGAAUUUAAAAAGAUAAAACCUGCAACUAAAUAGAAAUGUAUGGAGAGAGAAUAUCAGUAAGGAAGAUGAAAAUUAGAACCUUGAGAUCAAAACCUGUCUUUAGAACUGCAAAAUUUUGUAUGAAAGUUGCAGAGAAUCUGAGUAACGGAAAAAAAAAAAUAAAUAAAAAAAAAAUAAAUAAAGAGAAAUAAUUGACGUUUUAAUGGUUUGUUUUGACAUGAAUGGUGUGACAAGAAAAUCUAAUCUUGAGGAAUUAAUGGAAAUAUUUUAGUUGAUGUGAAAAAUUAAGUAUGUUUUGAAAUGUUUUUUGUUUGAAUGAAGUCAGUGGAAAAACUUUGUGAAUUUUUUAUGCAUAGGUGUCUUAGUGAAUGUGAAAUGAGAUUCUGUUUCUUUUUCUCUUUAUUUCAAUAUGUGUAAAGGAAAACAAUUAAUGGAAAUAGUUUUAGGUCAUGUGAAAAAGAUUGAAUUUUUUUUUUUUCAUAGUGAUGUGGGAAAGAGAAAAAAAAUUCAUAAAACCUUGAUGGAAAUGAUUUUAGGUGAUGUGAAAAGGACUGAAAUUGUUUUUUUUAUUUUACUUCAGUAAUAUGGAAAGGAAAAAAAUUGAAAACCUUCUUGGGAAAUUAUUUUUUAAGUGAUGUGAAAAAGAUUGAAAUGACAAUUUUUUUGUUCAAAUCUUUGGAAGAAAAAAAAAAAAAAAAAAAUGCUGGAAAUUAUUUGAGGUGAUGUGAAGAGGACUGAAAUUCUUGGGAAGCCUUGCUAGAAACUGUUUACCAUGACAUGAAAUAAAAAGGAUGUU